UCACUCUCUGUCUCUUAUAUACCCCACUCACACUCGCAACCACCGCAGAGAUCGAUGAGCUGAGCUGAGCCGAGCUUCGUCCUUAGCUCCGGCGAGUGGCAGGUCGAAUCGAACAAUGGCGGGCGGGUGCAAGUCGGCGAUCGGGUGCGUGGACGCCCGGGUGCCGGUGCGGGCCAGCUACGUGAGCCUCUACAAGUGGCCAGAGUCCGACGCCGAGUUCGUCCGCUCCGUCGCCAUGGCGCGCCGCCACCACCACCACCCGCCGGAUCAGAGCCCCGCCGCCGCCGCCAUGGCCGACGGGGUCGGCAGGAGCCCGCGGGUGGUGGACAGCUACUCGUGCCGGCAGAUGUAUCUUCGCAGCUACACCUUCUCCACGCGCAAGGAGACCGUGCCGGAGCGCACCAUGGCGUGCCUCGCCCGCGUCCGGACACGCGUCUUCCCCAGCCGCGGCGGAUCCGACGCCGGAAGCUCCUCCUCCGUCGGCGGCAGCGCCAGAGGCUUCGCCGCCGCCGCCAACGCCGCCGGGAGGGAUGAAGAGGAGGAGGAUGAUGAAGGGAGCGGGACGAGGAGGAAGCGUCGGCGGAGGAGGAGGAAGAAGAAGAAGAAGGGGCCGUGUGCCGUGGUGAGGCGGCUGCAGGAGGCGUCGCUCGCCGUCUUCCGCCGCCUGCUCGCGUGCACCGCCACCGUCGACGUCGCCGAGCCACCGUCCCGGUGAUCGAUGGAAUGCAUGCCUGUGUGGUUGGCCAUGGCUGCCACUGCAGCCAGCUGUUGCCUAUGUAUUUUUCGCGUGUUCGUUAAUUUUCUGGAGUAAUUAAUAAGUAAUGAAUUAAUUAUUUAUUCCACAAGAGUUACUAUUACAGUACAGUACAGUACAGCAGCAGCAGUAGUAACUUCCGCUCGUAGGAAAUGCGCAGUAUAAUAUCGGAUCAUCAGAUUGUAAUAAGUUAUCUCUGCUCGUGUUGCUUGUUUCUUGUUACAUAUGAAUAAUUCUGCACACCGGCCUGCUUUGUUUAGUGGGCUUAAUUUGA